AUGGAGCUGUCCGCCCAUGCGGGCAGCCGUGCAGGCUCCCGGUCCAAUAGCUCGGAGAAUAUGUUUGCGAACAUUACUCCGCCGGUCUACGAUGAAGAAAAGAACGGCCCGCAGUCGUGCCCGUCGACGUUCAACAGCACCAAACAGCCCCAGUUCUCUAUCGACAAGUUGCGGCAGCUGCGCAGUAACGAGCUAGUCGCGUCCAAGCUGCUGCCCACGCGCACGAGUGUGAAUAGUCUUAUGGGGUACGUGCGGGAAUUGCAGCUCUCGGAGGCAACUCUGCGCAAGCAACUGGUGAAAACGAAGCAGCACACAGAAGAGGAGUUGUCGCACUCGCUGUCGAAGGUGAGCGAGCUGGAGAAAACGAUGCAGGAGGUGGAAAGGGACCGGGAGGAAGCA